GCUCUGGCUCUGCCAGUACCAUCAUCCUCUUCUGUUAACUUGCCUUGCUAUCGAUUAGUUAGAUGGCUUUCCCUCAGUGGAAGAUUUGGGAAGAAGUUAACAUGUUGGCCUAAUGUUAAAAGCAUCCAUUGAGCAAGCACACCAAGCACCAAGGAGCACAAUCACCGUAAGAAGAAGACAGGUGGUGAGCGGGACAUGACCAGGGAGGAUGUGGUGCUGGAGCCCUCGGAGGGCCAGGGGAGGUACAGCAGCUCUUUGCCCUGCGUGGAGCCGCCCAUCAUCCAUCAAGUGGCCUCCGCUCCUCUGCCCUCAGACGGGGAGUUCUCUUUCUUCGACCCCAAUGAUCCGAUGUGCAGGGAGGUCCUGCAGGACCCCCAGACCAGCGUGCCUGAGCUCUUUGCGGUGCUGAGGCAGUGGGUUCCCCAGGUCCAGAAGAACAUCAGUCUUAUCGGCAGUGAGAUCCUGAAGAGAGGCUGUGGUGUGAAUGACAGGGAUGGCUUGACUGACAUGAGUCUUCUGCACUACUGCUGCAAGGCUGGAGCUCCUGGCAUCGGUGAUGCUGAGCGGGCGGCACUCUUCGCUAAGCAGCUGCUCUUGCUGGGCGCCGAGCCGUCGCUCCGCAGCCGCUGGACGCACAUGAGCGCCCUGCACUACGCCGCCUACUUUGACGUCCCGCAGCUCAUCCGCGUGGUUCUGGAGGCCUCGCAGCCUGGAGAGGUGGAUGCCACCUGCAGCGACUUUGAUUUUGGCACCGCUUUGCACAUCGCUGCCUCCAACCUGUGCACAUCUGCUGUCAAGUGUCUACUGGAGCUGGGAGCCAACCCUGCCUUUCGGAACGAGCGAGGCCAGUGUCCGGCGGACGUGGUCCCUGAGCCGGUGGACAUGCCUCUGGAGAUGGCGGACGCGGCUGCCCAGGCCAAGGAGCUGCGGACGCUGCUGAGGGAGGCCCUGCCGCGCCCCUGCACCCCCCUGCUGCCCCCCCUGCCCCCCCACCCCGCCGCCGCGCUCACCGACAAGGCCCGCCUCCAGCUGGUCUCCAUGGACGUGUGCCUGGGCGACCGCGUGGUGGUGGCCGGACAGAAGAUUGGCACACUGCGUUUCUGUGGUAGUACAGAGUUUGCUGGAGGCCUGUGGGCCGGCGUGGAGCUGCAGCAGCCUGAGGGGAAGAAUGACGGCUCUGUUGCCGGCGUGCAGUACUUCACCUGCCCCCAGAAACACGGCAUCUUCGCUCCGCUCUCCAAGAUCAGCAAGCCCUCCGAGCGGCCCAGGCCUCGACCACGCCUCAGCUCCACCCCUGUCCGGCCCCCGCGUCUCCUGGACGUGGCUCACGUCACCUCUAAGGUCAACACAGGAUUAGCAGCUAUUAAGCUAAAAGACACGUCUACUGAUGAAGACAAGGUUGAGUCUCCAGAAUCUCAAACAGGUGCUCUGUCCAGAAGUUGCUCCUCUUCCUCCUCGUCUCUGGACUCCAGAUAUGGCUCAGCAGUGCGCUCUCGGCCAUUUCCAUGGCAACGUCCACCCCUGCGGCCUCGGCAGGAGCGGCAGUCCGUUGGGCGCAGAAGCCCUCAACCGCCCUCACACCGGCAGCCUCGCCAGUCCCUCAGCACCACACCCCACGCUGGACCCAGUAGCUGGAUGCCCUUGAGCGGAGGCCUGCUGGGGGAGGGCGCGGAGUUCCACCUGGGGGAGCGGGUGCUGGUGGUGGGCCAGAGGACGGGUGUGGUGCGCUUCUGUGGCAAGACCAGCUUUGCCCCCGGGUUUUGGUUGGGCAUUGAAUUGGACAAACCAAGCGGAAAGAACGACGGGUCUGUUGGAGGUGUGAGGUACUUCAAGUGUCCCUCCAAGCACGGGGUCUUCGCUCCUCCGUCACGCGUGCAGAGGAUUCACGGCUCCGUCGACUGCCUGUCUGAGCUGUCCACCUCCAGACUGAGCCACCCGUCGGCAGCAAUACGCCGCAGUUUCAGCACCUCAACAGCCAUCUCCACGCCCAAGGAGCCAAAUCGCAAAAGUCCAGUCAGCAGGAACCGCUCGAGCAGUGUGAGACGUCGCUGGAGCUCAGCGAGCGCUGGCUACGGUGCCGAGACCUCCGCCCGGCGGGCCAGCAUCACGGGAGGUGCCACCACCACCAGCAACACCACCGGCUCCUCCAACUCGGACAAGAUGGUCAAACUCCACGUGGGCAUGCAGGUCCUGCUGAGCAGUGCCAGCGAGAUGGGCACCAUUCGCUACCUGGGCACGGCCCACUUUGCCCCGGGCGUGUGGCUGGGGCUGGAGCUGCGCAGUGCCCGGGGCAAGAACAACGGCUCGGUGGACGGCCGACGCUACUUCAGCUGCAGGCAGGGCUACGGAGUUCUGGUGCGGCCCGGCCGGAUCACCUACCGCGGCAUCAGCGGCGCCAAGCUGGUGGACGAGUCCAGCUGAGUCCAGUUGAGCCCGUCCUGGUCCACCCUCCGUCCACUAGAGCAAGGCCUCGGCUCGCGCUGGUCUCUGCUCUCCUUUUGUUUUGAUGUGAAUGUCUGCCUGUGCCCUUCAUCUUUGUCUUUCUGUGCCGUUGCUGACUAACAUGGCGAGACAUUCCUGAUAGAAUAGCACUAAGGAAACCCAGCACUACCUAUUAAUGGACAGCAGUGGAGAUGACGGCUCUUUAAAGAUUAAACGGCUCCCCUAGCUCCAGGGAUGGGCCUGUGCAAUAAUGCCCUUGGGAUUCCUAAUUUAGUAUUUACACUAGGAAUUUAACUUUACUUUUUCAAAGAUCGCAUGACAAUUCUUGAAAAUGAACUGAUCAAAUUGAGUUGGCUUGAUUUUUCUCUCAUUUCAGAGUUAAAUGAGGUCGACGGUUUAGCGCAUAUGAGGAUGAAGCUAAGCACUUUAUUGAAGAGAGCAGAAACCUCCGAGUCCAAGACGAUGGUUUUGAAUGUUGAUGAGUUGAACACUACAUUGUAAUUGGGAGGCAACACAUGAAUGUACGGGGGUUUCUGCACAGUAAAAUGGUAUAUUUUUACACUGAGUGGAGUUGGACAGUCUUGAAAUGCAUUAACAGUAGCAUUGCCUUCAAUUGAGGUGAUGCACCAGUGUCCAUGACAGUAUAUUUUAUGUGGGUUUACCAAUUUCUUGCACUUGUGACGAGGACAAUGUUGGCCCAUAGGGUAGGUCAUUGCGUAGCACUUUAACAUUGCUAGAACAUUCCUGAACAUGAGCUUUCAGCCACAUCGCUGAUCAUCUUCUUUGCUCUUCUCCAACAAGCAGGCGAUGCUUCAGAAAAGUCAGAAAAUGUGGGUGAGUGUGGCUACUGUGGCAUUAACCACAGUCAUCGAAUGAGCUCAUUGGCUUGCUUUAUGUAGAAUGGCUUGUGAAGACGUCAUAACUUGGAACGUUACAGUUAAAGUGGUUUGAAUGGUCUUGAUUAAUAUCCUGCCGCCUCCUCUGGGGGUGUGGGUGUGGGGGAGGGUAUGGUUUCAUUUGUAUCAGUGUUGAAUGUUUGGUAUCUUUGCGUCCAUACGUUUAGAGUAUUUUGCAGGGUAAAGCUGGAAUGUGUGUGUGUUGUGGUUUUUACAAUUCAGUAAUAUUGUAAAGAAGUUGGUCUGUUAAUUUUUAUAUUUGUCUUGUUUGUCGCUGUACGUCAUCAUCAGUUGCAAGAAAGUCCAAGACAGUGUAUAGUUUGGAGGUGUUAGUCCUCCUACUGUAAAAAGGCUGUUUGUAAGAAAUAUCACAAAUAAAUAAACUAUCUUUUCCCAGCA